AUCGACACCGUUGUCUCGCAACUUGAUUCCGUUCUCAGACUUGCAUGUCGCACUUCACAAUAGAUCCGCCAGACAUGGACGCCUUGAAUCUUUCCGACUCAGACACGGAUGCCUUGUUCGAUACCCCCGCCGCCAAAAAGAACAAGAAGAAGGCGCAUGACAAAGACGCAGAUGCAGGCGAGGGCGCGGCAGGCACAAAGACGCGUGCGAAAGAGUCGCAUUAUACCACUGAAGAAGCUCGAGAAGCCGCAUUACGGAGGGAGUUGGAGAGCGUGCGGAAUGUGAACAAGGUCAUUGAAGGGGUUGUGGAGAGCUUGCAAAAAGCCAAGGAUAACAUGGAGACCGUCUCACGAACAGUUCACAACGCAUCAAUGCUUCUGCAAACCUGGACGCGGAUUCUUUCACAGACCGAGCACAACCAGCGACUCAUACUCAACCCUCAAUGGCAGGGCGCGUCGCAGGACCUGGUCGAGAUCGAAGAAGAGGAGGCGCAGCGCAAGCACACUGCUGAACGCCGCGCUAUCGAAGAACAGGCGAAGAGAGAGGCAACAGCCCGAAGAUUGGAGGAGGAACGAAGAAGAGCAGAGGCCCCGCCAAAGACCACGACAAGGGGGAGGGGCAGAGGGAAGUCACGCGGUGCUUCCACAACCACCACUUCGAGCGGGCAUGUUGGCGUAGGUGGACAGGGAGGACGGGGUAUCAGUCGGAGUGGAUCAACAAGUACUCGGGCUGGGAGUGGUAUUGGGCGGGGCCUUCGUGCCAGAGGCCGAGGACUAGGCUAAGAGCGACUGCUCAUACGCAGUCGGCUCGACGAUUCACCUACAAAUCACAAAACAAUACGACGUGACAUCCAAAUGACACGCGACCCAGAUAUUUGUAGCUUGACAUGCGUUCCGACGAGAUUGUCGGGUCGUUCAAUGGGCGGGAGGUGAUCCGU